AUGUGGACGGAUACUUAUCCAGCUAACAGCACAGGUAGUUAUUGAUACUAUUUUUGAGGAGUCCUUUAUUAUUAUUAUAGCAGUCAUGACGACGGGGUUUUUUAGAAAUUCAACGUAAAAUAAAAUAUUUUAUUCGCAAUCAGAAACGAUCUAAUGUGCAAUGUCGUGGGCCGAGGUGAUAGGAUUGCUAAACUGGGGCCUUGGCCAGACGAUAAUUUCGAGUGUUAUUUUAAGUAUUCUCACUUUCAAGACCUCUUAUUAUUAUGUGAAAGUCUUCAUUCCCAUGUUUAUUGAGAAAGGACAUUACGGACAAGAUAGAUGCAAGGUGAGCGAAGUAGGAUUGUGAGAAUUAUGGUUUAGAGUUCUUCUGGACCUGUUGCAGAGCCAUUGGGGGUCGUUGCAGCGGCUGUAUACCUUAUAUUUAUCUUCCUCUUCAUCGCCGUGCCUUUUUAUGAAUGGAAGGCCGAAGUUCACAACUUUAUGCCCACGAUGAGGUUACUCUUUCUUUUAGCGGGUUUGAUCAGCAUUUGUACGUCAAUUCUUCUUGGAUUUGCUGAUGAUAUGCUGGAUCUAAGGUGGAGGCACAAGCUGAUAUUUCCCUUCUUGUCUUCGGUUCCUCUUGUUCUGGUAUAUUUCAUUUCAGGUAUGAGUUAGUUUUUGUUUUUCAGCUUUUUUAUUUAGGUGAAAGAACGGCGAUGUCCAUGCCAAAGUUUUUGCACGGACUCCUUGGACAGCACUAUAUUGAACUUAGUGUUUUCUUCUAUGUGUACAUCAUUAUGUUGGUCAUCUUUUGUACGAAUGCCAUUAAUAUUAUUGCCGGUAUAAAUGGAGUGGAAGUCAGUCAGUCGAUCGUUGUAGCGUCCAGUCUGGCCCUUUUUAAUUUGAUUCAAAUUGGAAGGCUGGAUGACUCGGAAUCCGUGUGGUCUCACACAUUGUCCUUCUGUUUAUUAUGCCCUUUCAUCGCGACUUCUCUGGGAUUAUAUCUUCAUAACAAGUAUCCGGCUAAGGCGUUUGUGGGCGACACUUUCUGCUACUUUGCUGGGAUGACUUUGGCUGUGGUUGCAGUAAUUGGCCACUUCUCAAAGACCUUGAUAUUGUUCUUGAUCCCGCAGGUAAUCUGAAGUCUCAGUAUGAUAUUCAGUAUUCAGAUAUUCAAUUUCUUAUAUUCAUGUCCUCAACUGUUCCACUUUGUUCCGUGUCCCAGACAUAGGCUACCGAAGUAUGAUCAAAAGUCGGACUUGUUGAAUAUGAGCAGGGCCGAGUUCAAAGCCGGUGAUGUUAAGCUACUGGGAGGUCUUAUGAUCAAGGUGCUGACUGUAUUCAGACUCUUAGAUUACACGGAGUUUGAGAAAGAUGGAGAAAAGUAAGUUAUGUCGAUAUUACACAAAUGUUUUGUGUAAUAUUUUAUGUGAAUUUAAACAUCUCUAUUUUUUCAGGUGGAUCUCAGUGAAUAACAUGACGAUCCUGAACUUUCUCCUCAAAUUGCACGGGCCAAUGAGCGAAUACGAGCUAAAUAAUUUGUUCAUCAAGUAUCAGAUCACCUGUUCUCUGGUCGCUUUCUUCAUCAGAUUUGUGGUCGCCGGAUUUUUCUACGAUAAUGUACUGUAA